AUGUGGGAUGAAGCUCCAAUGCACUAUCGCUAUGGAUUUGAGACAGUUGAUCGUACUUUUAGAGAUAUUCUAAAGGGUACAGAAUUUUGUUCAAGUGAUUGUGUAUUUGGUGGAAAACUAUUCAUACUUGGUGGUGACUUUAGACAAAUUUUACUUAUAGUACCAAAAGGUAGGCGGGAAGCCACAAUUGCAGCAUCGUUGAAGGAAUCGACUAUUUGGAAUCAUUGUCGCGUGUUGUAUUUGAGGACCAAUACGCGUAUUAUGGCUCAUGAUACUUCUAUUCAAAUGCAUCAACAACUAAGAUAUUUUGCUAACUGGAUAUUGAUGAUUGGUGAUGGAAAAAUACCUGGAAUUUCUUUCACUGAAGGCGGGGAGACUAAUUGGAUUGAAAUUCCAGAACAAUUCUUGAUUAGAAAUGGAUCACAUGCUUUACAUGAUUUGAUCCAUGCAAUCUAUCCAGAAUUAAGUACUAGAUACAGUGACAGUUCUUACUUGAAAGAGUGUGACAUCUUAGCACCAAAAAAUGCUGAUGUUGAUGAAUUAAAUGUCAUAAUGCUAUCAAUGUUUCCUGGAGAAUCUCGAAAAUACCUAAGUGUAGAUACGAUAUGUCCAGCUGAGGGUGAGAACAUUGACGAAGACAUGCAUCCACCAGAGUUAUUGCACUCAUUAAAUUUUUCAGGAAUUCCAAGUCAUUGCCUUGAACUCAAAAAGGGAGCGCCUAUGAUGCUACUGAGAAAUCUCAAUCAAUCUCAAGGUCUAUGUAAUGACACCCGUCUUAUAGUUGAGAAAAUGGGAGAUAAAGUGAUUAAGGCACGAGUGAUUGCGGGUUCGAAUAUUGGGGAAGGAGUCUUCUUUCCACGUAUCAUUUUAUCACCAUCUACCACACAAUCACCUGUAACGCCUUCAAAAUAA